UGUCAAUGGCUCAGAAUGAAGGUGGAUACUGUUGCAGCUGUGAUGAUGGGUGACCACUGCAGGUGAAAAUGAAAACAUCGUUACUCGGCGACGCGAGAGGACACUUUGCGCAUCGUUGUCGUGGACAUAAGUGAGCAAGUGUGUGUGUGCGUGCAUUGUGUAUUAGUUUGCAGGAAUGUGUGUCAGUGUGUGUGGAUUAUGAGAAGAGCAUUGUGACAAACCGGGAGCAGAUUUUUGCUGCAAUGACCCGUUCGAGCACCGAUUUCUGUCCCAUCCUCUGGCUUUCUGCUCCUCUCAGCCUGGAUAUGCACCACCUUGGCAUCUUUUGACUUCAUGAAGAUUCCUGACAUCGGUAAUGUGAUGAAUAAAUUUGAGGUCCUUGGGAUUGUAGGAGAGGGAGCAUAUGGGGUGGUCCUGAAAUGCAGACACAAGGAGACAAAAGAGCUUGUGGCCAUUAAGAAGUUCAAGGACAGUGAAGAGAAUGAGGAAGUUAAAGAGACGACGUUACGUGAGCUCAAGAUGCUCCGUACCCUGAAGCAAGACAACAUCGUAGAACUGAAGGAGGCUUUCCGUCGACGGGGAAAACUCUAUCUAGUGUUUGAAUAUGUGGAGAAGAAUAUGCUGGAGUUGUUGGAGGAAUUGCCUAAUGGUGCGCUACCUGAUAAAGUACGAAGCUACAUCUUUCAGCUGAUCAAAGCUAUUCACUGGUGCCACAAAAAUGAGAUCGUUCACAGGGAUAUCAAGCCUGAAAAUCUCCUCAUCAGCUCCAAUGAUAUCCUGAAGCUGUGUGAUUUUGGCUUUGCCCGCAAUCUCUCUGAAGGCAGUGAUGCUAACUACACGGAGUAUGUAGCGACCAGGUGGUACCGCUCACCUGAACUGCUCCUGGGAGCUCCAUAUGGGAAGGCGGUGGACAUGUGGUCUGUGGGGUGUAUUUUGGGAGAACUGAGUGAUGGGCAGCCCCUGUUUCCGGGAGAGAGUGAAAUUGACCAGCUCUUCACCAUUCAGAAGGUGUUGGGCCCCUUACCCCCAGAGCAGAUGAAGCUGUUCUACAGCAACCCUCGUUUUGCCGGACUAAGAUUUCCUUCUGUAAGUCAUCCUCAGACGCUUGAUCGAAGGUACCUGGGCAUCAUCAAUGGACUCAUGUUGGAUUUAAUGAAGAACCUGCUGUGCCUGAACCCCACCGAACGCUUUCUGACAGAACAGUGUCUGAACCACCCAGUGUUUCAGGGCCUUAGAGGGCCAGAGCGGCCAGCUGCCCCGUCGCCCACCCCACCUCGCUCCUCGAAGAGAAAACCAUACCACGGAGACAACACCAUACCCAGCCGGAGCCACGGAAGUAAGAGUUCAGGUCACCGGCAUGCUAGCAGCAAGGACUGCUCGUCUCUACCGCGCCAUGAAGACCUCCACCGGAGCACCGACAGCUUCCUGAACGGCAGCAACAUGCUGACCUCAUCCACCCUGAGUCCCACACUACACCCCAAGAGCUACCAGGCCCAGACCAUCAGCCGCUCGGCCUCUUGUAGCAAAGACCUGGCAAACAACAACCUUCCCCACCUACUCAGCCCCAAAGAUGCAAAGGGAAAGACCGAAUUUGAUUUCAACCUGGGGCCUAAAACUGGAGGUGUCACUGCGGGAGGGGACACCUCUACUGGCAAGUACCUCAAGUCAUCCAAACCAGGCCGCCACUCGUCCUUCCUGGAAGGGAAAACCAGCACGCUGCAGUCUGGGGACAAGCACAGUCGCCAUAACCACAUGGAAUCUUCACAUGGAUCCAUGCCUUCCACGUCAUCCUCCAAAAGCUCCUCGUCCUUCCUCAGCCUGUCCAAGAGCCACGGAGCACUGAACGACACCAAGUCCGUAAGCAACCUGGCCGAGACACGACUCCACCUGGAUGAUCCCAUGGUGGGAUCGGGCUCAGGUUCCCGCUACUUCCCGUCCAGCUGUCUGGAUCUAAACGCAGCUCCCGGGAGCCCGAGAGGUGAACGGCAUUCUGGGACGGAGCGACAGGGUCACAGUCCGAGCAGCCGGGGGAACACGCGACUGGAAGGGGGCACUCUGGACUCACGACGUUCUUCGGGUCGGAAAAAGACACCGGAUGAACCGAAGUCUUCGGACACACUGGACCUAAGCAGGGCCGCGGGAGCAGGGGGCAGCCAUCCUCACAAUAUGCCCUCCCCGCACGAAUCCUAUCCUUACGGUCUCGGCUACACCAGCCCGUUUUCCUCGCAGCAGCGCCCUCAUCGCCACUCCAUGUACGUGCGGAGAGAGCGACAUCGGCCGCAUGGCCAGGAGGCGAAUUUGGCGGUCGGGCAGGGAGUGCCAACACGUGCCAGCAGCUUACAACUCCUCUCGCCGCAGCUCCAGCAUCGCACCCUCCCACGCCACAACACCAGCUCCUCCCGAGAAGAACUCGCGCAAGAUCUGAGCAGGAAUGACCAGUCUCCCAAAGAGAAGCCUCAUUCUCGCCCCCCGAUUAAAGAUUCCACGAGGGACAACACAGCUUCCUUCCACUCACAACGCCCAAAAAACGAGUGUGACUAUCCUCUUGUAACCCAGCCUGGGAUGUACCAUGACACUCAUAUGGAGGAUGGAACCUCAUCCAAGGAGAACAGAAUCAUCUACAGUGACUCGAUGCCUCGCAGAGUGGGAAGUUUUUACAGAGUCCCUUCUCCUCGACCUGACAACUCCUUCCAUGAGAGUGCUGGCCAGAGCAGAGUGCCAGCGGUGGCGGCAGAAAGCACAGCCAUGACAAACCACCCCAAACGGCAGACCAAUUUUGACCCCUGGAAUAAUUCAGAGGCUAUGGUCAUGAACCCACCAGAGGUCCCUAAACCAAAAGAAAAACAAGGUUUCUUUAGAGCCAUAAAGAAGAAAAAGAAGAAGUCACAGCCGACGGACGGCAACGCAGGAAGGAACCCAAGCAUCAAGAAAAGCCUUUUCCCCCUCUUUAACUCAAAGAAUAGCUUAAAGCAUAACUCUUCUGUCAAAGUGCUUCCUGUUGUCCCGCAGCCCAUGGUUCCUAGUGAGGCUCAGCAAGAGCAGCUAGUGAUACAAAGACCAGUCAAAUCAUCGUCUCAUCACAGCAGUCGACACCGCAACCGAGAUCGAGACCGGGAACGGGAUCUGGAAAGGGACAGGGAGCGUGACCGGGAUCGAAACCGUGAGAGGGACCGUGACCGUGACAGGGACAACACUUGGCCACCUGAAAAGCAGACAGAUGUGCAGCCUCAGAACCAGCCUCUGAAGUCCUUGCGGAAGCUCCUACACCUUUCGUCUCCUGCUACUUCCACUCAGCCCCCACCUCCCGAUCGCUCGGCAGAGCUGCGCUUCCAGCCUCUCCCCAACCCCCCUUCCAAAGGGAACCUGAAUGAGGCCAGAGGGCUCCCACCGGGCAGCGUUACCCCAAAUACCAAGAGCCGCAAACCCCACAACUACCCUCUGCCAGGGCAGAUUGAGUCCAGCUGGCACAUCUCCGCGUUGAAUAGGGCCGAGGGCGCACCGUACCCAGACCAAAUGGCAAACAAAGGUGGGCAGAACGGUAUCGGCUUCACCAGAGCCGCUCGCGCGAGAAUGCCAAACCUCAACGAUCUGAAAGAAACGGCUCUUUAGAGGAGGAAGGGCCCCUAGUGGCCACUAGUGUACUUGGUUUCUCCUUUUCCUUCCUGGCUACCGAUGGAAUGCUGUUGUUCAUACAGUGGUACACAAUGCCACUUCUGGCCAGAAGGUGGCAAUAGUUAUGCCUCAGAUUUGUUUUUUUUUUAAGCAUCCACAUUUGAUAGAAUUUGUAUUCUUGUUCAUUACAUCUGGGUUCAGUUUUCUGUUGAAAAUUGCUUAUUGACGAUGAUAUGAAUCUAUGUAUUUGUAUAUGGAAACUUGGGGACGGGGGACAAAAAAGAAUCUGUGGAAUUGUAAGAGCUUUAGUUUAUACACAAGAGAAUGUAUAAAUAUUUAAUGUGUAAUAAUUCUAUAUUUCAUGGAGAUUAUUUAAUGAAUUAUUGGUGUGUUAAUAGUUACGAUGUACAGAGUGCAUUUUAUGGUUGUAACAAAAGUACUUAUUGUUUCUAAAUUAUUUUCCUCUCUUUUCCGAACAUUGUUUUCUGAUGAGUGAAUUCUCAGUGCAGACUAGGUUUAUAUUACACACUGUCUCAUACUUCAGGUCUUUGAGUCAUCCCUGUUUAAAACAUGCAGCAGCAUAUCAGCAACUACUGAUGCAUCCUAACCACGUCCCAUGAUGGCUAUUCGUCUCACUUUACCCAUAGACGGUGUCUUACAAUUUUAAUUUUUUUUUAACUUCCCAUGAGCUUGCCAUUCAAUACCCAACACGCUGGGAUCAGAUAGUGCUUGUUUUUAACAUGAGUCCAUUAGAGAUCCAGAUCCCCGAAGAGCUGGAUUUCCUGAGAAGGCCUUACGGUGUCUUCCUCCCCAGCUGGUGGUUUACAAGCGGCUCUGCUCAAGGUUGUGAGAGUUAAGUCCGUUACUCCAUCCUGACGUGACUUUCAGCGGUCGCUUUGUGGGGAUUGAGUUGCACGUGUGCAUGAUCCUUUGAACAAACUGAAUAACUGGCGGUUUUAUUUGAAUCAAUUUAACCGCAGGUUUUUGAAGAGGUGAAAGCAUUGCCUCGGAACCUGGUAAAAGGAUUUCAAAGAUGUAAUGCAGUUAUUGAUCUGUUAGCGGGGAGGGCAGGUGGGAGACGCGGUAAGAUUUUCAAGUGGCCUCUGAAAUGCAGCACAUUUUCAUUCAGGCUUUCAGUGUUUGAUUUAGAUUUAUCUCACCGUACAUUUCAUUAAAUUAUAUUCUACUAAUAUAGAUUGAAAUGAGAUGGAUACAAAAUAUGCAAAAUUGCUAUAUUAAGAAUUCCAGGCAUUUGAAUACCAAUGCAAACAGAGCAAUACAUCAUAACGUUGAGGUCAAUUUAUCAUCCUUCAUAGAGCUGCAGCAGAGUAUUACAUUUGUAUUCAUUUACAUUGAUUAACACGACAGGCACUUUGCUUAACAACUGAUGUUUCUUACAAAAUCCCCCCCAAAGAGAGUGACAGAGCAUUUCUCAAUUGAAUAACUCUAGUGAAAUGUGUCGUGGGAACUUUUUUCUUUAUUGUUAUUAAUAUAGUGUAUCAAUGGUGCACUUUAAACAGACAUUUCACAGGUGUUUUUGUUGAUAUGGUGUUUGAUUAAAACGUCUAAAAAUCUAAUCUUCUACCUUAUCUAAUCUUAUCUACCUACAGUAUAUGAGCUCUGUCUUUCACAGGACUGGAUUUGGAACUUUAAUGUUCAAGUUAUACAUUCAGAUUUAGUUUAUUUAGUUUAUAUAUCACUUUUUUUCAUAGUUUGGCUGGUCCUGCGACUUAUAGUCAGGUGCGACUUAUUUAUCAAAAUUAAUUUGACAUGAACCGAGAGAAAUUAACCAAGAUAAAACAUUACCAUCUACAGCCGCGAGAGGGCGCUCUAUGCUGUUCAUUGCUCCUGUAGUCUACACUGAAAACAUAGAGCGCCCUCUCGUGGCCGGAGACGGUAAUGUUUUCCCUUGGUUCUUGGUUCUAAAUAAAUGCGACUUAUAGUCCAGUGCGACUUAUAUAUGUUUUUUUCCUCAUCAUGACGUAUUUUUGGACUGAUGCGACUUAUACCCAGGUGCGACUUAUAGUCUGAAAAAUACGGUACAUCAAAAGUCAUGUUUAUUUAUUUUUUGUUUGUUUAUCAGUUCUCAUUUAUAACUUUAUUGAUUCUGUUGUCUCAGCACUAUUGUAGAGUGUUCUGCAUAAUGAAAUAACCAAGUUCAUUUUCAGUAACAUCUUGAAUCAUUUCUAUUCUCUAUAUCUCACAUCCUAUAUCUGACAGCAAUCAUGUUUAGUCAUUAUGUUCUGUUGAACUCUUGUGUUGUCUUUCAUGGUUAAACUGCCACGCAAUAACAAGCUGUUGUUUUUUGAUUUGUAGGAAGAGAUUAGAGUCGACUUCUAUGUGGUUGUUCAAAAAGCCCCUUUCUGGAAGCUCUUGUGUUCUUGUUGCAUAUUUUCAGGUUAAUAUUAGUGGAAUAGAAUCCUUUGUUCCUGAGUAAUGCGGUCUGCUGGUUUGAGAGUAUUUCAUCCUGGCCUGAAUGUGAUUAAGUCACUGGAUUAACACCUUGUCCACCUUGUCUAACAUCGUUUAAUCUGCAGUACGUUGACACAGUCUGUCUCUGUGGUGCCAGGUAAUCUUCUCAUCAGCCAGCUGUUAAGUCUGCGAAGAUUAAUAUUUUGGCUGUCGCCAGCUGUGGUGAGGUGGGCUGGGGGUGGUAAUCUAUAACCAGCCUUGUUAAACCUGCUACAAAACCUGUGUUUGCAGCCUGUAGAAUGUCGCUGAUUCUGCAUUUCUUCUGGUUUGCUAAGCACCAUUAUUUUGUUUUUAAUACUAUGUUUUUUUCUUUCAAAUCAACUUAUGUGGAAUCAUGCUUAACAUGCAAAAAAAAUGACCACGUCCCUAUCCAAGAGUACUAAAAUGCUACAAAGCUAGUUUAAGCGCUAAAACAGAAAAAGGGCUGCAUCUUUGUGGGCAGAAAUGACCAUUCUGUCAUUUGAGGCUGAUAGUGGUGUAAUAAUGUAGAGUGAAUACACAAUACUGUUUUAAAGUUUGUUUUAGGUUUAUAUAUAUAUAUAUAUAUAUAUAUAUAUAUAUAUAUAUAUGCACUGCACUGAACUGAAGUGACAGUAAAGACAUCUACAAUGUUAUAAAAGAUUAAAGUUUCGAAUAAUUUGUGUUCUUUAUCUUUCUAUUUAUAAAAGAAUCCUGAAAAAAAAACAAA